GUUGAGUUGAGUUUCUAUUCUGCACUGCUGUCGUCCUGAAGGAUCGAUAUUCCUUUUUUAUCGUGCUGGGUUCGCGAUCGCAUCACUCGAGGCUACCAAGGAAGACCAUGGCUUCGGUCCGUGCUUUGUCCUGACGAGCGCACAGGGCCAGUAUGAAUAGCUGGUUGUCUUCAAAUCAUGCAGCCGACGAGCAGCCGUUGAACUCACAGUAUUCCGGCUGGUCGUCGACUGUCAACCCCAGCAAUCAACCGUCGCCGAAUCGUCGAGAGCAUGCAGUGCAGCCACCUUUGUUAACGACCGCGUUGAAUGCUUCGCAUUUCCAUCACGCGUCGACCCCUUUGUCUUCCACGUCGCUUUCCAGUCCAUUCAUCCAAGGCCAAUCUCCCGCUGUCUCGUCGCCGUCGAACGGUAGAUCGGCAUCGUCCUCCUCCUCAAUGGCAUCGAGGCAAUACAAUGUCCCCUAUAACCCGCAGGACUGGGGGCCUGUGGGUGUGAAUGCUAGCCAGGCCGCCGCAUAUUCUCAACAAGCAACUGUUCAUCAUGCCGCGCCGCAGCAGCGACUCCAUGGAGAUGCUUCUCUAUCACCACCGCCUCCGCCAUACUCACCUCCACAUAAUCAAAACUCGAUACCACGAGACUCCUACGGCCAGGCCAGCUCGAGUGCUGCGGCGGCCCCUAAUGUUACGCCGCCGCAUCAAUCAUACAGAACAUCAGAGUAUGACAACACUGCAGAGUACCAUCGACGCUCUGCCCCUCGCCCUCGCCCUGUGUCCAUGAUAUAUGGCAAUGAUGUAGAAUUGCACCGGCAGUCAUUACCACCUCCACCACCUCCCCAAGGGAAUCCAGGUUCCAGAUCCAAUUCUCAGAAUCGCGUGAAUGGAUACCAAGGUUCUCCAUAUAACUCAGCUUCGACAGGUCCGCAGUCUCGAAUGCCAUUAACAUUGUAUGACCAGCCUCUUCAAUCGCCAGCGUUGCGAAGCAAUGGAGCUGGACCAUCAACAGGACAAUUCGAAGCGCCGCUGAGACCUCCUGCAUCCCGACGAGCUGCAUCUGCAGGAGCUGUUGUGAGUAGUGCAAGCUCGUCAAGGCCCUCGAGUCUAUCAAGAGGUCCGUCACCAGCGAAUGGCUGGGAACCUGGCAUGCCUCUUCCACCACCGCCUCCCGGGCCGCCGCCUGCUGGAAGGUCGGUCAGUGUGAGUGGUUCAUCGGAGUCAUCCUCUGCAAGAACGACCCAAGGCCCAAGUCGGACUCGCGCGCGCCCGCCGCCGUUGAUGGGUACUGGCCUGGGUAGCAUUCCGCCAACGCCAGCUGAUUGGGUGGACGAGGAGUAUAUCAAUCACCGACCAAGCAGGGAUCGAGAACCGCUGCACAUUGAUACCAAUAAGGCGAUGAAGACACCAGACCUGCCAGAUACUUUGGAUUCGAACGGUCAGUUGAGACAGUCUCAGAGGACUCCCGGUAGUGGAGGGAGCGGUCUUUUCCGCAGCCCGGCUGUCCGAGACCCCAGCGCAAAAGGUAUCCGUGAAAGAAGAAUUGAGCGUCGGAAUCGGCAAAGCCAGCAUUUUGAGGACAUGAGCGCGGUAUCUUCUACCAGCGGGAAUCCAUGGGCUGAUGCGUUGGAGCAUAUCGUGCCAUCGAACCUCGUUCUUCCUGAACCUAAGAACAGCCCCGAGCAUACUCGUCAGCCAUCCUCUUCAAGGUUUACUCCUCGAAGCACGAGAAGUAUUGGCUCAGACAGCCAACAUCCAACCUCCCGGUCAAGAGCGUCCUCCGGUGGUCUAUUCUCCGAUAGAUCAUCUUCUUACUCAACACCCAAGCCAGAACAAAGCCCUGCAGGACCUUCAGCUGCGUUUGCAAACACACCGCCGUUCUCGCCGAAUGGAGAAUCGUCGUCUCGAAAUUAUAAAGAGGAAUCUCAUGCCGUACCACCAAAAGCUCUACCCACACCACCCCUCAAUUCAGGCAAGGAACCGCAGCCACGCUCUCGUGCUACGUCUAGGGGAGCAGAGGACCGUCCAAUUUCUCAUAUACUGCAUCUUCCUAAUGAUGGCAUCCCUGGGAUCAAGCCGCUGUCACCACGCCGAUUACCCACACAGCAGGCUGUCCAGCAAACCUCUCUGGAGUCACUCAUCAAGCAGGACACCGAAUUCGUCCAAAGCUCGAUUCAAAGGCAUAAGAAAUUUAUCGAAGAAGAAGCCGCUGCCUUGAACGAGGCUGACGCCCUGAGAAUCUUCAAUGACUUUAUAAUUGCCGAGUCUCAAGUACGGCGUCAGCGAUACGCCAACGUGUUUGACGCCGCUUCAACUCAGAUUGAAGAUGUCCGUCGCAAGCUUUUUGAACCACCCAAGAGUCAACUUAGCGGGCCAUCGAACAAGCCCGCGAAGCCGACACCAACGCUGGAAAUCCCUUCGAACAAUAGACCAACUCGACCUGAAUCCGCCUGGUGGAAUAAUUAUCAGCCUUGUCUGUCACCGAUUGCCAGUCUCGGUAUGAGUAAUGAUGAGAUGAGCUCUCGAGGCAGGGCGCCUAGUCGUUGGUGGGAAUCCAAGACUGGCUCUAGCAGUGAGGGUGGUGAGAGAAGAAUUCAGCGAUCUAAGCGAGAGUCUAAGUACAUGGGUUUGCCUCGGGAUGCGAUGCAGUGGGACCAGGAGCGGACGCCCUCUAGACUUGACGACGCGGGUGCGAAUUAUUCGGGACAGCAGGUUGCGUAUGGCCCAGACGAGUAUCCACCGGAGAAGGUUGGCUGGCAUCAGGAAACUGCGGAUUACCCCGUUGCUGGGAGAAAUGGAAUCACCCAGAUGAUGGCUAGUCAAAGGCUGGACAUUUCGCGACUGGUUACUCUGCCUCCGCCAUACCCACGUCAUUAUCCUGCUGUUAACAACAGUCAUCCGGACCUUGUGUCUUACCGAACCACUGUCCGAUCAAUCACAGACUUGUCGGAGAUCAAGGCCACUCGAGAGCGGUACAAGGCCGACGUGGAAAGGAUGACUCAAGAGUACCAGGACCAGGUUAAAGAAGGCCACCGCCAAUUCAAGGCCAAUAUUCAGAGUCAGAUCCAGGAAGGAAGUCUCAGUUUCGCUGAAGCUGCCGAGGCUGAGGCUGCGAUGUUGGUGGAUCAAAACAAACGUGAACGCGACCUGGCAAAGCGACAACUUGAUAGUUACCAAGAAACCGUGCUGAAGCCUAUGAAUGCCAUUCUCGCCGAUAGAAUCAGCAGAGCAACCACCUGCAUCGACGAAUUGAGCAGCAGGCUGUUCGACGAUGCUCAGCACGAGACGCCAGACCAAACCCAAGAAGAGGGCGACGAGAAACCCGAGCUCCUAGAGAAACUGACGCAACUCAAAUGGCUCUUCGAAGCACGCGAACAACUCCACCGGGAAACUUUCGACCUAGUCAGCGACCGCGACGAGAAGUACAAACACGUCGCUCUAUUGCCGUAUCAACAAGGCAAAAACGAAGAGAAACUCCGAGAAACACAAGCCUUCUUUUCGAAAGACGCCCUCGACAGACGCGUCCAGUACGAAACUUCGGCGCUGACCCGUCUCGAGUCCUUCCUGGACGUCAUCGAGCAAAAUGUGGUCCGCGGAGUCGAAGUCCAACUAUCCGCAUUCUGGGACAUAGCCCCCUCCCUCCUCGCUUUGGUCCAACAAGCCCCCGAAAACCUCUGCGGCUUCCAAGUCCAAAUCCCCGCAAACGAGUACGAAGAGAACCCAAGUUAUCACGCCCAUCCACUGCAGUACCUCUACUCACUUCUCUCGCACGCGGAGAAGUCCAGCUAUCAAUAUAUAGAAUCGCAGAUUAAUCUCCUCUGCCUACUCCACGAAGUACGCUCUGCCGUGAUGCGCGCGAGCCGUAACCUCGCCGAGGCAGAGAUGAUUUGGCAGGGCGAGUCUGAGGAGACUGUUCGUCGGGAGAUGCAGGCUACCAGGGCUGAUGAGGAGCUUACGCUUACCACGGAUCUUAAGGAGAAGGUUGCAACUGUUGAGGGUCAGUGGACUGAGGCUUUGGGGAGUCAGAUCCAGGGACUGCGGGAACGGGUUAAGGAUCAGUUGUUGGCUGAAGAUGGGUGGGAGGAUUUGGAGCAAUUGGAGCAGGAGUAGUGAAUAUUGGUGAAUGGUUUUCCUUUGGGAAGGGGGGUUUUUCUGUUUAUGAUGGAUUUUUUUUGAUGACUUGUGAUAUCCCCAUUCGUUCGCUUUAGAUCGGGCUUGCACAGUAUAUAUUCUCUUCAGUAUCGGCCCUAGGUUUUGCCUAGUUCUACUUAUGGUAGCCCUGAAUACGAGAGUCGAAUAUCUUCUCGCAAAUGAUUGC